UGACCUGUCCGAGAACCGCAGAUCCCAGCACCAACCAACAAUCAACCAUGAAGUUCCUCAUCGUCUUCGUUGCCCUCUUCGCCGUGGCUCUGGCCGCUCCUGCUGGAGAUGUUCAGAUCGUCCGUGCGGAUUCCGAAGUUGGACCUGAGAACUUCAAAUACGAAUGGGAGACUAGCGAUGGCCAGAAGGCCGAUGCUGCUGGAGAGCUGAAGAACAUUGGAUCCGAGAAUGAGUCCCUCGCCGUCCGCGGUUCCUUCUCCUUCGUGGCUGAUGAUGGCCAGACCUACACCGUCAACUACAUCGCCGAUGAGAACGGUUUCCAGCCCCAGGGUGCUCAUCUGCCCGUUGCCCCUGAGGCCUAAAUCAGGUUGCUUUCCUCUGGAGCAGCUCUAAAUCCACCCAAAUUCUACUCAAUUCCUUGUUAUUUUCCCCAAAACUUUCCCGUGUCCGUUUUCCCUUGGCUUUGCUAAGGGAACAAACUCCUAAGUCAAAGAACAUUUGUUGAAUAUUAAAAAAAAAAUGAAGAAUUUA